UAAGCUACUGUACAGCAGUUUGGAUAACACCGGUUGUAUGUAGCGGAUUCGAAGCGACGAUGAUGCUUUCUAUAAUUGUUUUGCUGCAGCUCCUCAGAUCAAGCAGUGCCGGACUUGGAACAAGUGACAGCUGCCUAGAGGUGUCUUUUAUAAGCCGGACCGACUGGAACGCCAGCGAACCAAUCGUUGAAAGAUCUAACAUAUACAGAGGGCGAUUCCCACUGCCUUAUUUCUUUGUCCACCACACUGCGUGGAUAUAUGAUGCUAAAGAUGCGUUGUCUGGUAUGCGACAAUGGGAGGAAGUCUGGAAACUGCAUGCAAUUGAUAAGAAAUGGAAGGAUAUCGGGUACAACUUCCUUGUGGAUGAGGCAGGCAACGUUUAUGAAGGGCGUGGGUGGAGAAAAGUAGGGGCUCACACUUUAGGAUUCAACUGCAACGCGUUUGCUGUGUCUGUAAUGGGCAGGUACUCGCAGAGACUGCCUGGCAAAAAGGCAACUGAUGCCAUUCAAAAACUCAUUCAGUGUGGUGUUGAAGAGGAACAUCUUCACAAAGAUUAUAUACUCCAAGGGCACAGAGAUUCAAAAUGUACAGCCACAGAAUGUCCAGGAGAACGAUUGUAUAAAGAAAUAAAAACAUGGCCGCAUUAUCCAAAUAGAGGUGAUGUUUGCUGGAAGUUUAGCACUAUUGACAGAUGCAACUGGGGUGGAAAAAUUAGUUCUUUUAAAAAAAUGUCAAACAUUGCGAAGCCUGUCCCAUAUAUUGUUAUCUAUCAUACGGACCAAAUUUGUAAUGAACGUGAAAGAUUUGUAAAUUGCAGUGAGAGAAUGAAAGAGAUUCGUAAUCUGAAAGGAAAAAUCGCCUACAACUUUGUUAUUGGGGGCGACGCCAACGUUUAUGUCGGUCGAGGUUGGGAUAAGAGUGGGGAUCACGCACCUGAUUGGAACGAAAAGUCGUAUGGGAUUACUUUGAUUGGAGAUUUUACCUUUACCGAGCCGUUACCAGACAUGUUAAGCACCUUAACACAUCUUAUCGAGUGUGGCGUGUCCCAAGGUUUUAUCCGAUCGGACUAUAUUCUUUUGGCGCAUAGCGAUAUAACAACCCUAGCUACCAAAUGUCAAGGGAACGCAUUUAAGGAAGUCAUCUCAAAAAUGGCCCAUUAUAAAAAGUUCCCUGGAAACGAAUCAACAACAGAGGGAUCAUUUCACCCCCCGACGCCACAGUUUCAGAAAGUGUAUGCGACUUCAAUGGAGAUUUUUGUGAUUGGUUUCAAGAGGACUUUGCUCAAAUAAAAUGGAUGAGGAAGAAAGGCGCUUCGGAUAAAGCGGGUGUUACAGGUCCACUAGCAGACAGAAGUAGCGAUGGAAAUGGCUUUUACCUGCUUGUCGACGCAUCCAACAGUAAGGGAAAAGAUGCCGUAGCAAUUUUGUAUUCUGCAAGGUAUGAUUUCCAGUGGUUUGAGGAGAGUAUAUAUUGUGUGUCAUUUUGGUACCACAUGUAUGGUCGAGAUGUUCAGUCUCUCUCCCUUUUUAUUGUUGCGGAGCCUAAUAUAGUGGCAGAAUUGUUUGGACGGGAGGAGGAAGUCAAACAAGUUUGUAAAAUAGAAAAUGACCAGGGACACGAGUGGAAACAGAAACGUAUUAUGGUCGGAAUGGAUACAGGACUCUCAACCGGAAAAUUAUAUUUCAAGUUCGUCGCUAAAGUGCAUGGUUACCAAGGCGACAUAGCGCUCGAUGACAUUCAUGUUAUAAAGGGUCAUUGUUAGCUGUGCUCUGACUAUGAGGAACUUUAAACUCGACAAGCUCAUCGUGUUUCAUGAAAUAUCUUUCGUUUGUAGAUGAUGUACAUAUGUUUUUCGCAGCUUUCCAAUGUUUAAUGUGAUUUACUCGUUCAAUUUGAUUUCAUCGUUGAUGCGCUUGAUCAAUUUUCUGAAUUUGUAAUUUGAUAAUUUGCAUUUUCCUUGCAUAUUCAUUCAUUCAACAUGAUAUUUCGCUGUGUGUAAUAAAACCAUAUGUAAUUUGCUUCACACAAUAAACAUUUAUUCAGAAUUGUUUUGUGUGCAUGUCUUAUGAAAUGAUAUAAUGGGAAUUAUAGGGACAAGCCUGAACACACACAUAUAAGCCCUAACAAAUAUUAAACAAGAGACACAACAGACAAACCACAGACGCAUCAAAACAUCUUCAUGACAAUGGCGGCUACCGACACAGAACGGUCACCGGGCAGAAGCUAAAGGGAGAUUUAAACAAGCUUUUGGGUACUUAACCUUACACUUCUGUGUCUUUUUUGAUGCCAAGACUGAAUGCCAUAACUCGGUUUUUAUUUAUUUUUAUUUAAAAUUGAUUUCGCAAAAAGAAAUUGAACAUAACAUUUAAAAAUGGUACACUUUUAAACGGGGGCAGUUUUUCUAACAUUUUCUUGUUAGCUUAUAUGCGAUACAAUAUUUUUCUCGGUGUUUUCCGUAUUGCGUUUAAAAUAUCACCAAGCCAUCAAACAAUUUUGUCGUCCUCGUCACCAGCAAUCAACAUCAGCACGUGCAAUGUACGUUGUCAUGAACUAGGCCUGGAGAACCCGAAGUCGUGGCUAGGGGUUCCAGCCUGUGCCACUUUCCAGAGUGCUUAUGUUUCAUGUAUUGCAUG